AUGUAUGUGAAAUGGUUUGAUACAGUAAUGUUUUACUAUGUGAUUUUCGUGAAUUUAGUGAAUAUCACUUUUAAAUUUUUCAAAUUUCCCACCGUUCCGUCCCCGUACGCCCCGACGUCGCAGGGAACGGAACACGGAAGACAGAUGCCGGCAUCGGCUAGAGGACAUUGCCGGGGACCCUACAGGAGGGACAUCGCGGGAGCGAAGGACAAGGUAAGUGAAGAAGAGAUGCCGGAGCAGCGCUGUAGGGUAUUCCCGAGUGUAGCUCGGGGUAAAGUUUCAGCACCACAAGCGGUAACCCCGCGCUACACUCGGGAAUACCUUGCAGCGUUGCUCUUCUGCACU